AUGGAUGCGAUUCGGAAGCGAUUAUUGGAGCACCAGUUGAAGGAAACUCUUUGCGUUGACGAACAGAUUAUACCAUUUACAGGGCGCCUGGGAAUGAAGCAGUAUAUACGUGGUAAACCUUGUCCAUGGGGUAUAAAACUCUAUGUGCUUUGUGGAAAAAGUGGAAUGCCGUAUGAUUUCAUUGCUUAUCAGGGCUCAUCCACUGAAAUUGAACCAAGCCUUAUCAACAAACUUGGGUUUGGUGCUUCCAUCACAUUACAGCUGCUAAAAAGAGUGCCCCAAGAUUCAGCUGGUCACCAAGUUUACACAGAUAAUUUCUUCACCACGUAUUCUCUACUUGAAAUUUUCGAGAAAAGGAAAAUUCUAGCAGCUGGCACAAUUCGUAUAAAUCGCUUUCGGAACCCACCUCUCUCCACAGAUGCUGUAAUGCGAAAGAAAGGUCGCGGUUGUGCUGAACAAGUGGCGAGCCGAGAUGGAAAAGUUAUUGUCACAAAAUGGUUCGACAACAAAGGAGUUUACUUAGCAUCCAACUUUGUGGGAAUUGGCAUCAAAGACAAAGUAGAACGAUACGAGAAAAAAGAAAAGCGGUAUAUUGAGAUUGAUAGACCUGAAGUUGUGCAGCUUUAUAAUAAUGGAAUGGGUGGCGUAGAUCUUCUUGAUCAAAUGUUGCAGCAUUACCGUAUUUUCAUAAAAUCUAAAAAGUGGACCCCACGCGUUAUUAUUCAUUUCUUUGACAUGGCAAUAGUGGCGAGUUGGUUCGAGUAUAAAGCGGAUGCAGAUAAAAAUGAUAUACCUAAGAAAGACCAAAUGGACUUACUUGCCUUUAGAAAAGGAUUGGCUAAUACUCUUGCAACAAUUUCUUCAACAUUUCAAAAUGAAAACCGACGGGGUCGUUCCUCAAAUACCUUUAGCGAAGAUGAGCAGCAAGCUCCUAAAAGAUUGAAGUACUUCAACCAACCACCAACUACAUAA